AAUUUUUCCCAUUAAGAUAUCUCAAUUUUUUUGCUCUGAAAAGUAAAAAAUUGGCGAUAACUUUUUUGAUUUUAUAGAUAGAUCAAUUUGGCUUUCGCAUUCGAAAUACAAAAAAAUUAAUAUCAUAAUAAAGAGAUGGUAAUACACGGUAGUCUAAAAUUUAGACAUAGCAUUUGCAUUAUGAAUCAGAUAGGUAUAUCACUAAUUGUAAGCAGGGCAAUCAGGGGUCGCGUAGAGAAGCGCUGGACCUCGCGACUUUCCACUGACUUUGAUAAGACGUAUUACCAUUUUUCAUACGUUCGAUUCGGCAGCGUUAUAUGUGUAAAUGUAGUGGAAUUCUUCAACUGACUAUCUCAAGUUUUAGAAUUUUCCGAUAUUAGGUACAUACCGUUAAAUUUAAAAAUUACGUGGCGAUCAACGAGACGAUUCAAAGUACGACUAGCAAAUGGUGGCGAGCGCCAGAGAGCUUAGCUUUGGGCGGGAGUACACGGAGAUACAGAGUAGUGACAGUCUGUUGCGGGCCGCAGUCGAGGAUGGCGAACCGUACCGUAAAAGACGCUAAGUCUAUUCGUGGAACAAAUCCACAGUAUUUAGUGGAGAAAAUCAUCAGAUCACGAAUAUACGAUUCAAAAUAUUGGAAAGAAGAAUGUUUUGCCCUCACUGCCGAACUACUUGUAGACAAGGCCAUGGAAUUAAGAUACCUUGGAGGAGUCUUUGGUGGAAACGUCAAGCCCACCCCAUUCCUGUGCCUCAUAUUGAAAAUGCUCCAAAUCCAGCCGGAGAAGGAUAUCAUUGUAGAGUUUAUAAAGAAUGAGGAAUUUAAAUACGUACGUGCUUUGGGUGCUCUGUACAUGCGUCUUACCGGAACAUCAGUUGACUGUUACAAAUAUUUGGAACCUUUGUUCAACGACAAUAGAAAAUUGAGGAGGCAGAAUAAACAAGGUCAGUUUGAACUCGUUCACAUGGAUGAAUUUAUUGAUGAAUUGCUCAGAGAGGAAAGAUCCUGUGAUGUCAUCCUGCCUAGAAUACAGAAACGACAUGUAUUGGAGGAAAAUAACGAAAUAGAAGGAAAAAUAUCAGCUUUGGAAGAUGACAUGGACGAAGGAAUUGAGUCUUCCGAAGAUGAAGAUAUACCAGUAAUUAAAGAGGAAAGUCGCAAGCGAGUCGAAGAAUUCGAAAGAGAGCGACACAGAGAUCGUGAGAAGAGGCAUACCCGAACAGAGAAAAAAUCCGAAAGAGAAAAACGGAGGUCAAGAAGUAGGGAGCGAGAGAGAGACAGAAGAGAACGCAAGCGGAGCAAAUCUCCUAAACUGCAUUCUUCCUCUUCAUCCCACAAGGAUAAAGAUAGAGAUAAGGAUAGAUACAGAAGAGAUGAUAGAGAGAAAGAAAGGGAACGUGACCGUAGGAGAGAACGAGAGAGGCCGAGACAUUAGAUUUUCCAUUUUUCUUACCAGAAAAGUGUGGACUGCCAUUUUUGAACAAUUAUCGAGCAUCGCCUCACAUUUGUAUAAUGAGUGACAUAAAAAUUUCUUCUAAUCUUAAUGCUUUCAUGGCAUUUUAUCAAUGAACGUGAACUUCAAUUUGUAAUUGACAAGAGUAAGUUCUGAUUCUCAGUGCAGAUGAAAACACAAUUUAAUGACGGAAAAGUAUAUAAUUUUCUUUGUAUUUUAUUGGAUAUACUUACUUGGUUCAAGUAUUCACUGACCAAUUAAGUGGUAAGUAAUGAUUGAUUAAAUACAGUUUGAUAACAUCAGA